CUGAAUGUAGAUCAGAUUUUAAACAGAAAGUUUUGGUUCGACAAGCUGUAACUGCAACAUGAUCUUUGUAGAUUGCUAUGUACUAUCAGGAAAUGUUGCCAUGUCAGGAGUGUCCAGUUCCGGUCCCAGAAGGCCAGAGUCCAGCACAAUUUGGAGAUUUCCUGUUUAAACACACCUACCAUCCUGGUAACUAACUGAGUUCGAGUUGAAUCACAUGUGUUUGAGCAGGUAAAUCGUCAACUUGUGCUGGACUAAGGCUACAGUUGAACACUCCGGUUAUGCAGUAACGCAUGCGUUGCUUUAUGCUGAAAGCUUUGCAUUUGACCUGCAGUGGCAUCUCUGUCCAUGCCUGUAGCUCUGGACCAUGGUCCUUCAUAGCGGCUGCAGCAUGAGCAUACCUGCCACUGUGACCACUGAGAGCCAGCUGCCUGCCUCCUGGAGCCCCCACUACAACUGCCCUGAUGUUUCCAUGGUGACGCCAGGCUACGCGGGUCGACUAUGGUCUCAAGACCUCCACCCACAGUACUGGUCAAAAUAUCAGGUGUGGGAGUGGCUUCAGCAGACACUGGAUAUGCACCAAAUUGAUGCCACCUCCAUCCCCUUCAGUAAUUUUGACCUAGAUGGGAGGCAGCUAUGCAGCAUGACCUACCAGGACUUCACCCGCUUGGCUGGAUCCAUCGGGCCCAUCCUCUACCAGAGUCUGGCUGACCUCAAGUGGACUGGUCAGUAUGGCUCCUCAGCAGAUAUGUUUACACCAGGGGACAUUAAAACAGAACUAGAUGCAGAUCUUCCGUGUUCAAUCUUGCCUUUCAAAGAGGAGCCAAGCUUCUACUCCACUUCAGAGCUUUUUGACAUUAAAACCCCAUUUCAGCCAUCUGCUAUGAUGACCUCUCCAGCUCCCUCUAGUCCAGACCCCAAAAGGUCCCAUAGUCGCUCCCACCAAGUAAAAAAACACAACCCUCGUGGGACCCAUCUGUGGGAGUUCAUACGAGACAUCUUACUGAACCCAGAGAGGAACCCAGGCCUGAUUAAAUGGGAGGACAGGUCUGAGGGGGUGUUCCGCUUUCUGAAAUCUGAGGCAGUAGCACAGCUGUGGGGCAAGAAGAAGAACAACAGCAGCAUGACCUACGAGAAGCUCAGUCGAGCAAUGAGAUAUUACUACAAACGAGAGAUUCUAGAGCGUGUGGAUGGACGCAGGCUGGUCUACAAGUUUGGAAGGAAUGCUCGUGGGUGGCGGGAAACAGAAAAGUGAAGGAGUUUAAUUACUUUUUCUUAAUAUGUGGAAACACAUGUGAAGACUCUUAUUUAUAACGUUAUCUCCAGAAAGAUGCUUGACUACAAGAAGGAGUUUGCUGUCAAGAGCUUUUUAUGUUUUUAUUUUUUAAAAAUUAUUUUCCUUUUUACUUUUUCAUAUCUGCUCCAAAAAAAACAAAACAAACAAAAAAACUGGUACGAUGCACUGACCUCAAGAUUGUAUGAUAUUGUUUUAACUGAAAACUGAGUCAAAAAAGACUUUUUUUCCUUUUGAUUUCCUGUUGAGCUGUUUACAGGUGUGUUUACAGAUGAACAUUUUUCUAUGAGUUAUUUUGUUAUUUUCCAUACAUUGUUUUAUAUUCAUAUCUCCAAAUGAGGUAUCUUUGCAUUGCCUGUCCACAAAAUCUAAAAAUGGGAUUUUUCACUAGAUGAUCUUGAACAUAUUCAACACUCUGGUCUGAUGUGCGAUGUUCAGAAAGAAGUUUCACAAAACUUGGAAUGUAUGUAUGCAUGGGAAUAUAUGAACAUAACCCCACAUGCUUUUAAUGCCAGCUCAACCUGAAAACCUCUCCUAGAGAUGAAAUACUCUUCUGCUGUUAGUGGCGUCCACGUCUGAAAUGUUUUGCAAUGUAUCACACCUGAAAGUGUCCUAUUUCCAACCCUUUUUUUAACAUCACUAACUAGAUUUACCAGAAAAUCUGAAUGGUUUUAAAUGACGCUUUUCAAUUACUAUUCAGACUAGUGACUCAACACAAGGCAGAUAUUGUGUUAUAAAAGAUAGGCAAUAACAGGGAUACAGUUUCCUACUGACAAGAGGCAUGAUUACGAGCAGGAAAAGAUUCAACUGGUCUCCAAGCAUUGACUAAGAUAAACAUCACUCUGACAGUGGAUGUUUUUUAUAGUAACAUUUUGGCACUUACUGUUGGUCAGCAUAUAUUUUCAUGAACCACAAAGGCCAUUCAUGUAGGA